AUGAUUUUUGAACUCUAUGGGUACUUGAAGAAUUUUAAGUUUCGGUAUUUAAAUAUUCAAUUUCUCAUCCUAGAGCCAUCCCAAAUUAUCUGCAAUAAGUUGAAUAUUAUCACAUCUUAUAACCUUUGUAAUUUGAAUGCUUGCGAAAGUGCAGGCCAUAUAGUUUCUUCUACACCCGAAUGUAAAAGUUUACAUAUAAAUAACAAACCCAACUUUAUAGUUUCAAGCUAUUGUGUCUUCUAGGCUAUAUGAUGCUGAUAAAUUAUUAAAAAUUAAAUGAAUUGUUGGAGUUUAAGGAGGUUGCUGAUUUAUAAUAGAAUAGUGUCAGGGUGAAGAAUGAUCUUGUAAAAAAUAAAGAUGCCUUUUUCAAAAAUUUAAUUUAUAUUUAUUCAAUUAUAAUAUAUAUAAUAAUUCUAAAUAAAAUGUCAGGGAAAACAAGGGAUUACUUUGGAACAUUGAAAUCAGUAAAUAGUGUAAUUUAGUGUAGGCUGGAAGAACAGUUCUCAAGGAAGAUAAUGCUGGUGUCUGUAUAUAACCUGUUUAAGGCUAAGUAAUUUUAGUCAGUUACAUAGGUCCCUGAAACUCCUCCUCAUAUAAAGAAAUAUCGUAAAUCCUACAAGCAUCAACAUGGUUGUGCAAUUGUAAAUAAAUAUAAUUACAUUUAGUUACACCCAGGUCUUGUAGAUGCUCCAAAACCUUAAGGUAAUUGGCUUUAUGGAAAAAAAACUGAUCCAUCUGAUAAAGCAGGAGAUCUAUUUAAAUAAUAGCCAGAAGGAAUUAAGGAAUUGGUCAAUGAAAUAAAUGAAUAAAAAUACGCCUCUCAUAUUAAAGAGCCUUUAGGUACAAUGCCCACAAGAAAUUAUAAUUGGCCUGAAGAAUCUAAAUCAGACGGGUUUGCUUUUGGUUAGAAGAUACCUCCUUCUGAAUUUACAGCAAAAGAAGUUGUUUUUCCUCCUGAUGCCCAAAGAGAUGAUGAAAGUGUAAGAAUGAUGUAUUUGAAAAGUCAUGGAAAUUUUGAAGCAGGAGAAUAAAAAAAUAGAGAAUAUAAGUGGAAUGUCAAUCCAUCUGAAUUUCGAUUUGGCAAAAAAGAUGAAAGAGAAUAAGAAUAGAUGAAAAAAAUUUUGCAACAUGAAUUAACACAAAAUUAAUAUCCUAAAACAACUAUUAUCUCAAAAAACUAAGAAGAUUGGAAGAAUUAUAACGAAGAUCCUCUUGGUAAACCAAAAAAUCUGGCUUAAAUUAAUUCUAGAAUGCCAGCAAUUUUUGGAGAAACAAAAAAAGAUGAAUAAUGGACAGCUGGAUAAUGUAUUAAUGGUUAGCCCACAUAAAAAGAAGUUUAACCAGAUAUAGAUUUGGGAAAAGCCACAAAAUUUGGUUUUAGAAAUUAAACAAAACAAGGAGAUGAAACUAGAGCAUUUGGAGUUCCGACAAUUAGAAAUGAUAUUAUUAAAACGGGAAUGAAAUCUGUUGCAGAUCCUUAAAAUUAUGGUGAUGAAGUUCCAGCUGUAGCAUUAUUGUUCCCAGAAAAAUUUUCAUAUAUGGGACUGACUGAAUAGGAUUUCUUAAUGUUAAGAAAUAAAAAAGAUAUAAAAUAAAUAUUUGAAUCUAUAGGAAUUAAGUAUGGAAUAGGCAAAUUUGAAGGUGUUUUUAACAAAGCAAAAGAAAUCGUAUAUUAUUAAUUUUAUAAUGAUAGCAAAAUACUUUUGACGAUAAAGUAUCGGUUAAAGCCUUUUAAUUGGCUGUUUAAGAAAUGCAUCAUAUUGAUUGA